AUGCAGACUUCCCGAUGUACCGAGUUUCCCGACGUCCUGGUGCGGAGCCUGGUGUUCAUCGGCGGUGGCCAUGCCCACGUGCACGCCCUCAAAAUGAUCGGGAUGAACCCAAUUCCCGGAGUGCAGGUGACCCUGAUAACGCGCGACGUGGACACUCCGUACUCGGGGAUGCUCCCGGGGCACAUCGCGGGACACUACACCAAGGAGGAGUGCCACAUCGACCUCAGGAAGAUGGCCCGGUUCGCCGACGUCGGGCUGGUGCACACCGAGGCCGUCGGCCUAGACACAAACAAACGCCUCAUCCAUUGCAAGGACGGCCGCCCCCCCAUCCGGUACGACGUGCUCUCCAUCGACAUCGGAUCCACGCCCAAGUUCGUCGAGUCGCGGAACCCCAUGGAAUUGAAGCGCGUGACGCGAGUGAAGCCCAUCGACAGCUUUAGCGCUCGCUGGGACUCGAUCGUCGAGAGGGUGUUGGUUGUCGUCGUUGGCGGUGGAGCUGGGGGCGUGGAGCUCGCCCUCGCGAUGCAGUACCGUCUGAAGGAGCUCUUCCGAGAGGCUGGGCGCGACCCGGACAUGGUGGUCGUCGAGAUCGUCAACCGCGGAGAGGUGGUGCUGUCCUCGCACAACAGGCGGGUCCAGCAGACGUUCAAGAGAGUUCUGUCCGAGCGCAAGGUUGGGGUGCACACCGGCAAGGAGGUGGUGGACGUCAGGGAUCCGCCCGAGGGGGGCGAGUCAGGCGGGACAGGGAGCCUGGUGUGCACGGACGGGACAGAGAUUCCGUUUUCAGAAGCCAUCUGGUGCACCAACAGCGGCGCGGCGAAGUGGCUCCUCGACACCGGAUUGGCCCUGAAUGAGCAUGGCUUCAUCGAGGUUAACGACUUCCUGGAGUCAACCAACACCCCGGGGGUGUUCGCGGUGGGCGACUGCGCACACAUGGUGAACCAUCCACGGCCGAAAGCGGGAGUGUUUGCCGUUCGACAGGGACCGCCCUUAGCGGAGAAUCUCCGACGAAUGCUGGAGGGACGCGCGAUGAAGGGUUUCAAGCCGCAAAAGGCUUUUCUAGGUCUUAUCAGCACGGGCGAUGAAACCGCCGUGCUGUCUUGGCGGGGCUUGGCUUGGGAGUCGUCGAGGCUGUGGACGUUCAAGGACUUCAUCGACCGGAAGUGGAUGAAGAAGUACAAGGAGUUGCCGCUCAUGGACGAUGUAGGGAAGGACUCUUCGUCCUUGCGUCCGACACCGCCGCCGCGAGCGGUAGCCGCGGCCGGACCCGCGGCCGUGGAAGCCGUCCAGAACGCCAGCAUGAGGUGCGGGGGCUGCGGCUCCAAGGUCGGCGCAGGGGUGCUCGGGCGAGUGCUGUCGCGCCUUGGCGUGGCGGGUGGGCUCGACGACGCCGCGGUGGUUGCGCCGCCUUCGGAGCCGGGGGCCGUAACGGUCCACACGGUCGAUUUCUUCCGGAGCUUCGUGAGCGACCCGUUUGUCUUCGGGCAGAUCGCUGCCAACCACGCGCUGUCGGACGUCCACGCCAUGGGGGCCGAUCCUUCAACCGCGCUAGCCAUUGCGACCAUCCCCUUUGGGGGAGAAGCGCAGGUCGAGGGCACCCUUGAGCAGCUCCUGGCGGGCGCACUGAAGACCCUCAAGGAGGCCGGCUGCUCGCUGGUGGGCGGGCACACCUGCGAGGGCGCGGAUCUCGCGCUGGGGCUGAGCGUGAAUGGCGUGGCUCGGGGAGGGGCACGGUCGCUGCUGACGAAGGGGGGAGCCGCGCCUGGCGACGCUUUGGUGCUCACGAAAGCGGUCGGGACCGGCGCCAUCCUCGCGGCCGAGAUGCGAGGCCGAGCCACCUCUCCCUGGCUGCAGCCGGCGGUGCGCUCCAUGCUGCAAAGCAACGGGCCGGCGGCGACGGUGCUCCGAGACCACGGCGCGAGGGCCUGCACCGACGUUACCGGGUUCGGGGUGGCCGGGCACCUGGCGGAGAUGUUGCGGGGCUCCCCCGAGGGGGCGGCAUCGCCAAACGAUGCGCCGCCCUCGUCGCUGCCUCUUAACGCGGAGCUUAGCUUGCAACUGCUGCCUGUGCUGUCCGGCGCAGUAGAGGCCGUGGGCGCGGGGAUCGUGUCCUCCCUCCAGGGUCAAAACGAGAGAGACAACGAGGGAGCGGUGGUGGCGGCGGCGGCAGCGGCGGCAGGCGGAGGCGAUGCUGUAGAUCCGGGCGUUGGGAAGGACCCGCGGUUUAGGUUGUUGUUUGACCCUCAGACGGCGGGGGGGUUGCUGGCAUCGGUGCCACGAGAUCGGGCCGUGGCAUGCGUUUCGGCGUUGCGACAGGCGGGGUACGAGGCUGCGGCAGUCAUCGGGUCGGUGACGGAAGCGAGACAUGAAGGAGAAGGAAGGCGCAUCCAUGUGGUGUCGGCAACAACAGCGCCAGCAGCGGCGCCAAUGGAUCUGACCAAGUAG